AUGACAGCAGCUCGUAUUCUGGAGGAGGAGGGUCGGAUCGAAAGUCAACCAAUGCGUACAAGACAGCCUGACGAUGCUGGGGAUGUUCGCCAUUCCAAAAAGCUGCGUCGGAAGUCCUCUAUUAAGAAUCCUUCCACUGAAGAGUCUAUGGAGUUGGAUGAGUCGAGUGAAUUCCCCUCAAUGCGAGAAUUGGAUGAGGUAAUUGCCGAAAUACUUACCCCUUAUCAGCAGGAACCACUUGGAGGUGCGAAUACUCUUCUCCCAGCGAAAUAUGCUUGGCUGAACCAAAAAUUCGUCCCACCCUCGCUUAGAGGUCUGGAAACAAUCUCCGAAGAAUGUUCAUUUUCCAUUCAGCAACGUCGUUAUCGGCGCUUGUUGGCCCCUCCUUCGCAAAGAACAAUGGCAACUCGCCGAACGCCCCUUCAGGGGGGCUUAAAUUGCCGCAAAAUAAUGAACAACUGUGGUCAGAGUACAUUCUGGUCCAAACGGCCUCUUCCGCGGCGGCUAUUCUUCGGUAUUUGGGAUGAAAGUUUGUUCGGUUCAGAUGAUAAUGUGGACGACAGUCUGCGGAAGUUCUGUGAUGUCGCUGCAAGGAAUAAGGCGCUGAAGCGAGCGAAGAUGUUGCGACAGGUAAAUAGACGGCCUGGAGAGGUGUUUCAAAUCUCCGCUGAGACCGAGCGGAGGUUUGCAAUCUUUUGGAAAGAAAUGGAGACUAAUGAAGAAGAUGAAGAAUAG